AAGACUAGUCAGUACAUAUGUCAUUACUCUGACGUAACAACAACAACAACAACAACAAACUUUAUUUAUAUAGCACAUUUAAAAACCAGUGUUAAGGUGCAUCCAAGGCUGUCUUUGCAAUGAGGUGGUCCUUUAAAGGCGUCAGUGCACCACCCACUAUUUCUUUGCUUCUACUGGACUGCUGCAGCUCAUAUCAUUUAGCAUUUUAUAAAUAUCACUUUUGUCUCAUUUGGGAAUACUGAGCUUUGUUUGUUUUUCAUUAUAUCAGUGUCCUUACAGUGUUUUACUAGUUUUUUCAGUUAUAGUCUUCACCUGUUUGUGUGAAUGAUAUCAAAGACAUUAAGGAAGUUUCAUCUACAAUGUUUAUGGGUUGAUGGAGCAACAUCACAUACCCACUUCAGCACCUCAGUUAUUUAUGUAUUCCAUGAAAUUUUCUCAUUUUUCAUAUUUAAUGACAGUUUGGACUCAAGCAUCAUCAUCUAUAAUUUAAGCAUCUGACUUCUUCAUUCAAUCAGAGUCUGAAAAUAAUGUAUAAAAAGACAGUUCAGUAGAUCAUUGUCACUUUUAAAGAAAUAUAAGUUACUUACUUUUGAGAGUUUUAUUAAUUUCUCAGAAUUUUUUAAAAAUUAGUUUUCAAAUAUAUAAACAAUCUGGCUCUAGUGUGUCUUUCUAGAUACAUUCAAAGACAAGAUAUUGGAUUACUAGAAGCCUGGUGGAUGGCAACUAUGAAAACCACAACGCAGAUCUAAAUGUGGACAAUCAACAUACGUCCAACUGAAACCAAACUGAUUACACUCUUUUACAGUAAAGGUCAAAGGCUGGUUAAAGUUAAAUCAUUUUAAUCAUUUUAAUUUUAUCACAAUCAUUUUAAUAUUAAAAUUUUACAUUUAUCCAUACUUUUGGAAAUAAUUUAAAUGUCUCUGUCCCUAUCUGUCUAUCUUUCUCGGUCUUUCUUAUACUAUAUUUUAUACUAUGUAUAUUCAUUGUAGUUUUGUGUUUAAUCUUGUUUGUGUAUUUUGAAUGUAGGAACCCAACAAGGGACAAGGGUUGAAGUUCAGCAAUAACUGUAAACUCUAUGAAUCACAUCUAAGAGUUGAAAUGUUGAAAUUCAUUGUCCCUUUUAAAUAAUUAAAUCAAAAUUGAAAUUGAAAUUUGCCCUUUUUGUCUCUGCUUUGGUUUAUGCAUCUUUCCUGUCAGCUUGAUCCAUUCACUAGACAAUUUGGGAUAUCCAAAAAGGGUGGCAUGAUACAUUAAUCAGCUAAUGCUGGCUUGCAUGGUCAGCAAGGUGCAUCCAGCAGGUAGAGGGGUGCACCAAACUGAGUUGUGCAGACAAAGAUACUUGCUCAUAAGUAUCUAUGUAGCAGAAACAGUUGAAUUUCACUCACCAAAACUAGUGUGCAAACUCAUUGGAUAGUUUGUUUGUAGGUACAUUAGAUACACAGCAAUAAAUAAUUUAGUCAGGUUAUUAUUUUACUCCAAAAGGCACGAACACCGCAAAGAUCAUCAAACAGUCCAGUUCAGUGAUUCAUAUUAGCUGAAGUCAGGACUCCCCUAUUACUCACAACAUCCUGCAUCUCUUUAAGCACAAAUACAAAUAACAUGAGUGAGUUACAUUAGAGUUUCUUAACUGUGGAGCUGCAGUUCAUGAUUUUUGUUUCUUUCACCAGGUUGCAAAUGUGUUUAUUUCAUUUUCUAGCCUGCUGCUUAAAGACAUCACAAAGAAAAAGUAGAAAAUUACCACAAAAGAAAUAUGACCAGCAGUCAUAGGAUGAGCACAGAGUCUUAGGUGGGAGUGAGUGUGCUUGACAUUUAGUGAGGCUUGUAAAACAAAAUAAAGUCCUUACUUACUGAAAUUUGUCUGGCUUACAGUUUUAAAGACAUCAGUGAAAUGCUCCAUCCCCCACCACGCUCCGCUGUGAUGUGUCCUUUUGACCCCACUGAUGUUUCCAACAUUCAAACUAUGUAAACUGCCAUUUGCCAUUGGUUUUGACUCCUGUUCCCACAGCAGUUCCUGACAAGUUUCAAUAUUUACAUUUUUCUAUGGCGUCAAAAUGCAGCAGACUGAACAAGGGGAGGAUGAACACGGUGCAGAGCUCUUGCUUUGUUCUUCAAAGGGAAACUGUUCCUCAUCCCCAAAAUAUCUGAAGUGCUGUCACAUGGACUCAGUGGAAUUUGAAGCAUUUACAGGCUCCAUCUUGUAACUGUCAAAAUGCUAAGUGUUGAGGGUAAGUGUCGUUAUUGUUUUGGAAUGCCUGUUCUGCUAUCAUUGUCUCUUCCUGUAUUUUUGGAGUUAUGUAAAAAAUAAAAUAAAUUCAGGUGAAUGGUGUUGCUCAACUUAUCUAAUUUCAUAUCCACUCAUUUCAUUCAAAGCCUUCUGAAGGUGUAUUUGGAUAACUGUUUGGUGCCUGUCCUGAUUUGGUGAAAAGUAGUUGAUCUUAAUGGAUAAACAGAGUCUGAUGGCACUUGGGGUAUUUUUCAACUAGCUGCAGAAAAAAUUAAAAAAAUCAAAACGCCAUGUAAAAAAUUUUUUUUUCAACAUUUAUGACGCAGACUUGCCCACAGGGAAAUCGUGGAUAUCGUGGGUCACAGAGAAUCGUGUAAUGCUGGCGGCAGGCUGAACCAGAUGUUCUCAAGUUUUCAAAAUUGGUCUUAGUUGAUGGACGAUUGAUAAAUAUUUAAGCAAGGGGCUAGUCUUUUAUCCUUUUGUAAGGCAUACCCUCCCAUAAAUAUUAUAUCUCACAGGUCUUGCACCUGACCCCUAUGGGUUGGGUGAAAUGUGUGCCAGGCAGCGGCCGGGAGCAGAGGCCCUGGCGGACCGAUCUCCAGCUACCGAGACUAGCAAUUGGGACAUGGAAUGUCACCUCUCUUGUGGGGAAGGAGCCUGAGUUAGUGCAUGAGGUUGAGAGGUACCGGCUAGAUAUAGUUGAGCUAAUCUCAAUGCAUGGUUUGGGCUCUGGAACCAGUCUCCUGGAGAGGGGCUGGACUCUGUCUCAGUCUGGUGGGCUAGGGUGGGUAUCCUAGUAUCCCCUCCGCUUGCUGCAUGUAUGUUGGGGUUUCUCUCGGUGGAUGAGAGGGUUUGUUCCCUGCACUUUCGGGUCAGGGAAUGGGUCCUGACAGUCGUUUGCACUUAUGCGACAAAAUACGGUUCAGAGUACCCAGCCUUCUUGGAGUCCUUGGAGUGGGGUGCUUGAGGGUGCUCCACCUGGGGACUCUGUUGUCUUACUGGGAGACUUCAACACUCAUGUGGGCAACGACAGUGAGACCUGGAGGGGCGUGACUGGGAGGAAUGGCCUCCCAGAUCUUAACCCGUGCAGUGUUUUGUUGUUGGACUUCUGUGCAAACUACAGUUUGUCCAUAACGAACACCAUGUCCAUAAGUGCACAUGGCACCAGGACACCCUAGGCCGCAGGUCGAUGAUUGAUUUUGUAAUUGUAUCACCAGACCUGUGGCCAUAUGUUCUGGACACUCAGGUAAAGAGAGGGGCUGAGCUGUCAACUGAUCACCAAUUGGUGAGUUGCAUCUGGUGGUGGGGGAGGAUGCUGGGACAGACCUAGCACAAAUAAAUGUGUAGUGAGCGUGUGCUUGAAAGGCCUGAGGGCAAGGGACCACCAGGCUGAAGAAGGAGUCCUAUAGGGCUUCGUUAGCCUGUGGGACUUUGGUGGCAGCUGAUAGAUACUGACAGGCCAAGCGGAAUGCGACCCGGCAGUGGCUGAAGCAAAACCUUGGGCGUGGGACGAUUUGGAAGAAGGAAAUGGAAAAAGACUUUCGGACUGCCUUGUAGAGAUUCUGGCAAACAAUCAGGCGUCUCAGGAGGGGAAAGCGGUGCUCUACCUGCACUUUGUAUAUUGCGGAUGGAGCACUGCUGACUUCGACGGAGAACAUUGUCAGGGGGUGGAAGGAAUACUUCAAGGACCUCCUUAAUCCCACUGGCACAUCUUCUGCGGAGGAAGCAGAGUCUGGGAACGAGGGGGAUGACUUGCUGGGUUUGAAGUUACUGAGGCAGUUAAAUAACUCCUUGGUGGCAGAACACCUGGGCCCGUAUCCCUAAAGAAUCUUUGUGCAAAAAGUGGCUCCUAGCGGCCAAAUUCUAAGAAAAUUCUCAGAGUCAUGACGUUUACUUAGAAUUUCCCCAAAAAGUGACACGACAAUCCCAGUUAAUAUAAAAGCUAUUCCUCAAGAUUCCUAGCGCUUAAAAGGGCCCCUAAGGCGAGAUCUGCUAAGAGCAGGGAAGAGGACUUUUAGUGGCUUAGGAGUUCCCCUAAGCAGCUGCACAAAAUGGCCAACAGAAGAGGCAGGAGAGAUGUCCUGCAAACACUGGAUGACAGGGAAUUAUUGAGACGCUACAGAUUGGAUCGUGCAGGAAUCAUGUUUGUGGUGGAUCUCCUUAGAGAUGCAAUUACUUCACCAACUCGACGCCACAACGCUAUUACACCGGAGACGAAAGUAAUCACAACCCUGAGGUAUUUGGCAACCGGGAAAAUGCAACAAUGCAGCAGUGAUGACUUGGGUCUGUCCCAAUCCUCCAUCAGCAGAGUCAUCCCCCAAACACUGACAGCUUUGUCACAACCUAAUAUUGUGACACAAUUUGUUUCAUUCCCGCUGGAUGCCCGCACUUUACACACACAUAAAAGGGCAUUUAUGGACAUUGCAGGAUUCCCUGGCGUUGUGGGUGUAAUUGAUGGAACACAUGUGAGAAUAAUUGCGCCAUCAGAGGACGAGGCUGUCUUUGUUAACAAGAGGAAUUUCCACAGCAUCAAUGUGCAAAUAGUGUUCAAUGCGGCCUGUAAGAUUUUGGACAUUGUGGCGAAACGGCCAGGCUCCACACAUGAUGCGAGAAUGCUCUCCGAGAGUGGCAUCAGACAGCUUUUUGAGAGACGCUAUGUGCCAGCUAAUUGCCACUUGUUAGGGGACAGUGGCUACCCAUGCAAACCAUGGCUCCUUACACCUUACCUCCAGCCACGCCAAGGGCCCCAACUAAACUAUAACAGGGCCCACAAGACAACAAGAGCGGUGGUGGAGCGUGGCAUAGGCGCUUUCAUGUUCUCCACGGAGAGGUGCGGCUGAGGCCUGAAAAAGUCAGCAAAGUCAUCAUAGCCUGUGCAAUAUUACACAAUAUUUGCAAGGUUAGACAGAUUGCAGAACCUCUGGAGGAGCCCAGAG